CCCCAACACAACCAUUGCACAUCAGCAACACGCACACAUGCAUGUACCUACAAGGCGAUAGCAACAGGUCAUUCCGCAGAGGCAACAGUCUUCACAGAAACCCAUUGCAGGGAGUAGAGCUAGGCUUCCUUGGCAGACCACCAACGCACCCGGCCGGCCUCAAUCGGCGGUGUCGCUUUCGCUUGCAUGACUGCCACCGUCGUCGCUCCCGUCAAGCGCUGCCAUGGACGCCUGAACACACACAUGGAGGGAGGGAGGGAGGGAGGGAGGGAGGGAGACACAGGGAGCGUGGAACCAUGAAAGGCCGUCUGUCUGUCUGUCUCUAAGUGCCCCGUCCAUUCCUUGCUACCGCAAGUCUUUGGUCGUCGGCUUGCUUGUUCCUUCUUUCGUUGAGGCGUCUCCCGAUGGCCUCCAGCAGGAGGGAGUCGCUGUCUUGCAUCCUCCAUAUCAGCGCAGAUAUCUCCUGCGUCAGGACGUCCACAUCCCUCGUCCCCACUCUGCUGCCCUUCCUCGACUGCCUCUCGACAGUCGCCACCGAGUCUCGGUACCGCUGCAGCUCACGGAAGAGCCGCUCCUGGUAGUCCAGAAACUGAAGCGACUCCCGGAAACUCGUCUCUUCGUUGAGCAUGGCCUGGGAGAGCUUGUCAAUGUCGAAUACUGACGUCAGCGGCGGCGGCAUCUUGGUCUUGGCCAUCAGCCGAUUGGCCUCGUCAGGACACUCCCCCACAAUGGACCCGCCCAGCGUCAGGUCAGCAAGGGGCCGUUGGCCGCACACGUGGUUAUUGUCGCCCGAGAGCGGGCCUUGGCCAGUGGGUCCCGCAACGAGGCGUAAGAGGUUGCGGUCGGUGCGACCUGACGAUCCAGACAACGUUGCACUUCUGCUGCUGCCACGGCUGGUCGGGCCGGUAUCUGACCUUCUGGGUGAAAGGGUUGCCUGCACACGACAGACAGACAGACAGACAGACACGUGAGAGGUCUUCCUUGCGUAUGAAAAGUGGCUGAAGUCACUCACCUGCCUGUCAGAUCACGCGCCCUGACGGCCAUGCCGAAGACCUUCGUCCCGAUCUCUCGCCGGUAGUCGACAUGCUGCGGCUUGUGGUGGUCGCCAGCAGCAGCACCCACCUUGCCGCGCGCCUCUCUCUGCUUCUCCCACUCAGCCUUGGUACGCCUGCACUCACACACAUGGAUAGAUGGAUGGCACCAACCAGCACAUGGUGUGCGUGUGGAUGGCUUACUGGAUGAUUUUCUGUUCGGUCUCGCGGACGAAUCGCCUCUGGGCGACCUGCUGCCAUGACGGCGUUCUCUCAGCCAGGGCGUCCUGAUACGACAGGCAAUUACAGAAGCUGUGUGUCCGCCGACUGCCUGCCUGCCUGCCUGACUGCCUGCCCGGCCCACCUAGGUACCUACCUUCCUGGCUGCGUCCAUCUCCUUCGUGCGCAGCCAGAAGGCGAAGUGCGUGUCGUCCUCCCACUCUGGCUGCGGCCCACUCGUAGACUCGAACCUCCCCCUGAUGGCAUUUGACAGACCGACGGCCGCCUCCCGUAUGUCCCUGUCAGGGAUGAGCUCGUCGUCCAGCUGGUUGACGCGCGAGUCGUCCAGCCUCGCCUGCAGGCACUUGAGGUGGACGGAGUAGGCCGCCACAAGCAGCGCGCGGUGGGCGGCCUUGAGGUGGCCGGCGAUUUGGGUGUCUUGCAUCAGACGGAUGUGCGCGAGGAUGUGCUUGGUGUCGCGGGUCAGCUCUGCCAUGGGCACAGGGGCUGUGUCUGUCGGUCGCUUCCUCUUGUUGCCGUCUCUGCGCUGUUUCUCCAGGGCACCCAGGGCUCUCAGGAUCCGCUCAAAUGUCAGUUUGAAGGAGUAGUGCUGGAAACACGCAACCAACAAAGGCAGAGAAUGUCCCAAUCUCCUGUUAGUCAUCACAUGUAUCAGCUCAUCGAUCGCACAUACCUGUAUUCCCUUCUCAGGCGGUCGCUGCUUUUUGGGCUCCGUGGCCGCACUGUGGGUGGGGCUGACGACCGACGGCUGCCUGCUGAGCGUGGCGCUGCUGCCCACCGUCCUCUGCGAUGCGUAGGUGGGUGUCCGCCCACCCCAGUGAGUGGUACUUGCUGGCAAGGUUGAGGGCCUCCGUUGUGCGGCAAACGUGACCUGUCGGAUGAGGUCCCGCCCUUCCCGGAGCGCUUCGAGGCAGUCCAUAUACACCUUGUCGUGGGCAGCUGAUGGCGAUGACGUGAAGAAGGGGAAACUGCAAUCAAUGCAAUCACCAAACACAUAUCGGAUCAGCAGGCAGGCAGGACAGGAAUGAAUUGACACUCUCACGCGGGCGGCCCUCUUACUUUACUCACUCACUGGCAUGCAAACAUACCUUUGCUUGACGGCCUGCCUCCAUGUGUGGGUGGCUAUCUCGUCCUCCAGUGUCUCACUGAGGCCGUCCUCAGACACACCCUCCUCCCCGGGCGCUGCCUCCAUCCACCGCUGUGCGAGGCUGUCUUGAAGUUCCACAGCCGCUUUGAGAAGAUCAGCAGGACCAAGCCCCCUUGCGCCCUUGACGCUCGGCAGGCCAUCCUCGAAGCUUAUCGAAGACUCACUGCUGCUUUCCUCACCCCUGGCGUCAGCAUCGCUCUCCUGCAAUGGCCCAUUUUGGCACUCUUUGCCGCCUGUUUGAUCCUCAGAAGCGCUCUCGUCUAUCAUUCUUGCUGUGCUAUUUGUCCC